UAGUGUUACUAGUGAUCCAACAAAUAAACUUAAAAAAAUGUUAAAAAACGGAACAGGGGUAUUUCUUCAAACGUUUCUCUAUUUAAUACAAAAUCCAGGAGAUUAUCCGAUGGAAAGUAAUUCAUUAUAUGACACGAGGAUGGAUAAUGAUAUCGGUGAGACAAAGUGCUAUGAACCUUAUGGCUGUUUUGAUAUUUCGUACCCUUGGAUCACAGAAAGUCGACCGGUUAGCUUAUUUCCGGAGUCUCCUGAAAAAAUUCAUCCUAGAUUUGCACUGUUUACAAGAAAUACUUUGGAGCAUCCAAAAUUUCUCGAUUUGUAUGAUCCGGGAACAAUUAGAUCGGCAAACAUAAAUCGCAAUGGAAGCAUAUAUCUUAUUUCUCAUGGAUACAUGGAAGCAGGAAGCAAGCCUUGGAUUCACAAAAUGGCAUAUGAGUUGUUGAACAGGCCGGAAGGUGAAACAGCUACUGUGAUCGUGAUUGAUUGGAAAGACGGCUCGAGUCCGCCUUACACGCAAGCGGUUGCCAAUAUUCGACUUGUCGGAACAAUGACUGGUCAUCUUUUGGGAGCAAUCAAGAAUGAAUAUAAAAUGACUAAUUUGGACAAUGUUCAUAUCAUUGGGCAUUCCUUGGGAGCACAUCUAGCUGGCUACGCGGGCACCACAACAAUUAAGGAAUAUGGAGUCAGAAUUGGCCGAAUCACAGGAUUAGAUCCUGCUGAGCCACAUUUUGCUAAAACUGAUACAAUUGUUCGCCUUGAUCGCGACGAUGCACAAUUCGUCGAUAUCGUUCACAGCGAUGCAUCUCCAUUUAUAAGCGGAGGUCUUGGAAUGUCUUCUCCGAUAGGUCAUGUCGACUACUAUCCAAAUGGCGGAUCCAAGCAACCUGGUUGUGAUCAAGGUAUGCUGCAGUAUAUUACAUUAGAACGUGGUUCCUUCUUCCGGGGAAUGAGACGGUUCUUUGGUUGCAACCAUCUUAGAAGCUAUGAGUAUUUUACUGAAAGUAUUUCACCAUCAUGCCCAUUUUUAAGCAUAGCGUGCCAUAACUAUGAGACUUUGCAAACUGGAGAAUGCUUCCAAUGCGGAGUAAAUGGGCAAAGUUGUCUUCAAUUUGGCUUCAAUGGAUAUAAGUCAUACAGGCAUCUUGUUGACAGUGGAGAGCUGACAAGCAGCAAAUCUAUUUCAACCUAUUUGAUGACCGGAAGUCAAAAACCGUUUUGCAAGGCUCAUUACCGCAUCACUGUCAAGAUAGCAGAUAGCAUGGACAGCGCUAUGCACGGGGGAGAAGUCGGAACAAUUUAUAUUUUAUUGAGAUCAGAUAAAGGAGUUGAUAGCGAAAAAAUUCCACUUACCCAAAAUACUAAAUAUUAUAGUCCUGGAUCAGAACAUACUGUUGUAGUACCAGGAAGAGAUAUAAAUAAAUUGAAAUCUGCGGUAUUGAUUUGGGAAUAUCAAACCAGUCUCAUAAAUCCACUCACAUGGAGAAUAUUGGCAAAACCUAGAAUUUAUAUAUCAUGGGUCACUAUUGAAUCUAUGGAAUAUAGAACGAGAAUACGGGUGUGUUCUCCUUUUGGUAAUCCAGUUGUGAAUGCAGUUCCAGUACUGAUGCAAGAGAGCAAUUGCGUUAAUGGAACAGAAAUUACACCUUAAAAAGUUGUUGAUGUUCAUCAAAUGUUUAUGAAUAACUUACAAUUAGCGCAUAUGGUACCAACGGGUAUUCAUUUUGUUUGCGGCAAUCAGUUUAUGAUUAACACAAAUCAUAAGUAAACUACUUUUCAUUGUAUAAUCUUAUUUUAUCCUUUACAAACAGUUUUUGAUAUUGAAUUCAUAAAGCUGAGAAAUAGAUGAAAGCGUCGGCAUUGAAUUCAUGAUUUCUUUCGUUAUUUAUUAUGUAAAUAUACGAUUGCGCUAAAAAUAUUUAUCAUAUUGAUAGCAUAUUUAAAAUAUGAGACAUCGGUGCAUUUAAA